CAAGAGCAGAUCUUUUAUGAAUAGAAUCGCGUACGUGUUGUAUCCGCGAGUUCGGACGUGAAACGUUACGGAAAGGAUUUUUUUUAAUUUUUUACCGCGAACUGACUGGACUUCCGAAACUAGAAACGAGAUCACAAUCACUGCAGCUAAGCAUUGAAAUUUGGAUAGCUACUUCCGCACGGGUGUGCAACGAGGUUUUUGUGACAGAAGAAAGGAAGGAAAAAGUUUCAGAGACUGUGAAUCGAUUGAAUUGAUUAACGCUCGAUUCGAGCUGUGGACUGUAUUCGUUUUAAGUUGAAACGUUUCUGGUAUCUGCAUUUGAAAACUGGAAAAACCUUUGCAUGUGUUCCAGUGAGUAAAUAAUAGUAAUACAAACGUUCAGUGAUAAUAAGCAAACGGUGGAAAAAAAGUGCAAAAAGCAGGCCAGAGAGAAGGUCGUUAUAAAAAAAUUGUUUAACGAAGCAGCAAUUUCCAGUGGCCUUAAACCGAAAGCCAGUAAAUAGUGUAAUCAGAAACGGAGUGCCUCCAAAAUGAGCAACAAUAGGCAGGGCGGCGGCCCAGUGGGUCGCAUAGUGGACAAAAUAAAGCGCACGAUGACCAACGAAGGGGAUGACACACGUGACCCGCUGCAGUACGGCUAUCAACGGGUCAACACGGGCGAAGGAUCUUUGUCGACAUCCACGACGGCAACCAGUUUGGACACAAUCGUUCUGGAUACGAACGCCGACGAUUUGGCCGGAACUCCCAGGGCAGCAGCAGCUGCAGCACAAAGACCGUUCAGCCCUAUACUGGAAACGGAGGAUACGAAUCCAUUUCUUGAUCCCCCGGCGGCAGGUACUCGAUCAAGCGGAACUGUUGCAGAUUCGAAAUCCAAGAGUAAAUCCUCGCUCAAGGGUUCACGGGUGUCCUUCGACGAGGACGACGAUCGGUUCGAUGAAACUGACGAAGGAUUCCGCAAGCAACGGGAACAUUUUCAGAGGAACAAAAGUCACAGCAGCAGCGCAGCUCAUAAGAAUCAGCUGAUAAAGGAACUUCGUCACCUGUUGGCAGCCGACAAUAGACGGCAAUUCCAGGGUAAAAAGCAUGUCUCGCUAGAUGUACAGAGUUCCAAAGUGCUUGAAGAGCUACUGAAGGCGUCUUCGUCGGAAGACGACUUCGAAGGUCAACGCAGGCAGUUCCAGGAGCGGAAACACAGAAGUUUGGACAAUCGGCACAUAUCGUUCAAAUUCGAGAAGGAACCUUCGCCCUCGAGCAGCGACGAAGACUUCGAGCCAUCUACCUCGCUGCUGAAGAUCGAUGCCGAUAUCACGAAACCCGUCAUCAUUGAUUUGAAGGAUCUAGAUUCGAGUGAGGACGAAGACUACAUCUCCUCGCGUAAGCAUUUCCAGCAGUCCAAGUCUAUGAGUACCGAUUCUCGGAAAAGCGGCAAAAGUAUACGAUUUUUCGAGAUGGAAAUGGGCACCAAGGAGGAAAACCUCCGAUCGGCUGUACCCUUCGUGCGGCAGAUCACAGAAGAUGGCAAGGCAAAGCUGGAAGUCUACCGACCAACAACGAACCCGAUCUUCAUCUGGACACAGAAACUAGAGUAUUGCGAACUGGGGAGUUUGAAUGUACACAUGAAGCUUGAUGCAAAUGGAUGA